AUGUGUUUCAACUCUAGCAAUUUUUUUUUCAAAUUUCAGAAGUCAAAAAAGCAACCAACAGAGGCCGAAAAAGUAAUUGCCAGCUUGGAGAAAGAGGCAAAGGAAGAGGAAGAGCGGCAGAAGAUUGGGCGCACUUAUCGCUUGCUAACACAGGAUAUCCAGUUUUGUGUUUUUAUGAUCGAAAAGCAUGGUGAUGAUUAUGAGAAAUCAAAGAAGCAACCAACAGAGGCUGAAAAAGUAAUUGCCAGCUUGGAGAAGGAGGCAAAGGAAGAGGAAGAACGGCAGAAGGUUGGGCGCACUUAUCGCUUGUUGACACAGGAUAUCCAGUUUUGUGUUUUUAUGAUCGAAAAGCAUGGUGACGAUUAUGAGGUACGAAUUUUUCCUGGUAUUUGUGGUUGUAAAUUUGCCCUAGGUUCGUACUAUUCCAGCUCAUUCUUCGCAAGCGCUUCUGAAAAAACUAUUUUUAAAAUUGUCAAUGGAUGCCAAAGGCACAGUGCUAUCAUUUGGGCUCCUCUGAGUGUUUCUUUUUUUAACCAAAAGGGCUUGGUUUGGUACUUCUUGAGGCACUGA